AAUGAGCACCUCCGGCAGCCGAGCGCAGCCGGAGAAAAAACCCCGAUGAUCUAGUGCUGAUCCCGCGCCGCGACCAUGUCGGUGGCCUUCGCGUCCGCCCGGCCGAGAGGCAAAGGGGAGGUCACGCAGCAAACCAUCCAGAAGAUGCUGGACGAGAACCACCACCUGAUACAAUGCAUCCUGGACUACCAGAGCAAGGGCAAGACGGCCGAGUGCACACAGUACCAGCAGAUCCUGCACCGGAACCUGGUCUACCUGGCCACGAUUGCGGACUCCAACCAGAACAUGCAGUCUCUGCUCCCCGCCCCGCCCACCCAGAACAUGAACCUGGGCCCCGGAGCGCUGUCCCAGAGCGGCUCCGGCCAGGGCCUGCACUCCCAAGGCAGCCUCAGUGAUGCCAUCGGCUCGGGCCUGCCCCCGUCCUCCCUCAUGCAGGGUCAGAUCGGCAAUGGCCCGAACCACGUGCCCAUGCAGCAGACGGCACAGAGCACGCUGCCCACGGCCUCCCUGAGCGUGUCAGGCAGCGGCCACGGCUCGGGGCCCGGCUACAGCCACUCAGGCCCCGCCUCGCAGAGCGUGCCCCUACAGGGCCAAGGCGCCAUCAGCAACUACGUGUCUCGGGCCAACAUCAACAUGCAGUCCAACCCAGUGUCCAUGAUGCACCAGCAGGCAGCCUCGUCCCACUACAACUCGGCGCAGGGCGGGAGCCAGCACUACCAGGGCCAGUCGUCCAUUGCCAUGAUGGGCCCGAGCGGCCAGGGGGGCAGCGUGAUGGGGCAGCGGCCCAUGGCACCCUACCGGCCCUCCCAGCAAGGCUCGUCCCAGCAGUACCUGGGCCAGGAGGACUACUACGGCGGUGAGCAGUACGGCCACAGCCAGGCCGCCUCGGAGCCACUGAGCCAGCAGUACUACCCUGACGGACAUGGCGAUUACGCCUACCAGCAGUCCUACACGGAGCAGACCUACGACCGGUCGUUCGAGGAGUCCACGCAGCACUACUAUGAGGGCGGAAACUCCCAGUACAGCCAGCAGCAGGCGGGGUACCAGCAGGGCACGGCCCCUCAGCAGGCGGGGUACCAGCAGCAGUACCCCAACCAGCAGGGCUACCCAGGCCAGCAGCAAGGCUACGGGCCAGCCCAGGGAGCCCCCUCGCAGUACUCCAGCUACCAGCAAGGACAAGGACAACAGUACGGAAGCUACAGAGCAUCUCAGACGGGCCCGUCCGCGCAGCAGCAGCGGCCUUACGGCUACGAGCAGGGCCAAUAUGGAAAUUACCAGCAGUAAGGGACAAGCAUCUUGGUGGAACCUUGAAGUGGCAUGUCUGUUCAGGAGGGAUGGGCCAGUGGCCGUUCUGAUGAAACUGACAUGUUGGCUGCCCUUCACCCCACACAACGUCGCAUGUGAAGUGUGCACAUCUCAAGCUGGGUGAUGCCAAGUGUGCCCCGAGGCACGAGACUGCGCUGAUGGUGUGACACCUCUGGUGCUGUGUAUAGUAUUGUAUGUCCAUACAAUGGAUGGAGAGGUUGUCCCCUCUUUUGUCCCCCCUCAAUGUUUCUAGCUAGUUGUAGGGGUCUUCUUGUCAUCAGACUAUUCCGUGAUGGGACGCCUGCAAGAUGCCAUAGUCCGAGAACUCAUAAACAGGCCUUAGGUCUGACUCCCCUCACGCAGUUGUAAUGUGUGCUGUGAACUUGUCUUUCACUGGCUACCCCACAGCUGGACACCCUCUCAUAGCCCUGGAUGGCAGCCUCUUCCUAUGCCUCGAUGGGGGCGGGUGGCAUCGUCUGUGUUUUGGGUCAGUUUCUGUUACACUGUGGAAAAGAUAAAUAUGCUUCACGUGGAGAGGCUGUGAAUGGUCGUUUCCAGAACUCACUUGUUACCUGUGUCACUUGCCAAUUCCGUUUAUCCAAAAAGUUAUGUUUUUAUUAUAGAAAGUAAAGAGGGAUCAAUGACUGUGUUCCAAAUAUGAAUUCAUGAUUGCAACGUGAGAUUAGCCUAACCAGGGAGAGUGGUGGUACUGAAGGGAAGACCAGAAAGUUCUCUGAUAUUACUUCAGCUUUCGCCCUUGUUCAUCCUGACGCUCAUUUCUGGGAUUUGAAUAUUUAAUAUACCCAAUUCUAAAUUUAUAAUUUAAAGUAUUGAUACCCAAUUUUCCAAACAGUUGGCAAGUUGUUUAUCUUACAUUAUUUCUUCCAGAACCUGCUUGUUUAAAUCUCCAAAUAAGCGUUCCUUUUCUUUUAGGGAGAUUUGAAAUUCACAUCUCAUUUUUAAAAAGAAUCCCUCUUAACUUUACUGUGUUCUCCUAGUGAAAAGGAAAGGUUUUACAUAGAGAAAUUUGAGUAAUUUUUACAUUCCUGGGACAUUAAAUCCCAUUUAAAUUCUGUGCAAAAAUUAAAGACAGCUCACUUGGGAAAGUCUGGUCAGAGGAAAAAUCCUACUAAGUAAUACCGACAUUUUAUUAACCUUUACUUGGAUAAUAAUAUCCAUAUUUACUGUGAAUCCUUUAUAGAUGUCUUUGGAUAAAUGCUGACAUAUUUCCAAGAACAACCCAGAAAAAGCAAAUACAAAAAUAUCAAAUUCUUGACAUAUCAGGUCUACUGGGAUAGAAGCGUUUAUUUUGUAGACAUAUGGGUUUUAAAAACCCUUUACACUGUUAAGGGCUUAAAAAUACAUAUCUAUAUUAAAUUACUGAAAUGGGAGUUCUUUUUUGCUAGUGACACAGACGUUAGCAGUGUCAUCUCCCUUGAUUUUGUUCCGUUCUUUCCCAACAAUUUUCUUAGAACUAAUUUGCAAACUCAAUCAGGGACUAAAAUUUCCCACAGAAAAUGUUAAACAUUGUAGAUAACUGUGAGCAUAGUUUAUUUUUAUUCCUUGCCAUUCUGGGAAUAUGCCUUUUAUGUGGUUUUUUUUUUUAAGUGCUGUAUUAAUACUUUUUGAAAGAAAAAGACACUUGAAAGUUAUCCCGAAACUUCAAUCUGAAAUGUCUUACAUUAAGAAUUUCUUGAAUGUUGUGUAUAUAUUUUAAAAAGCACUUUGUGAAAUAGUUUAUACAUUUAUUUCCUAAUUUAUACAUGAUUUUUGGUGUUAAUAUAUUUAAUGAUUAAUAACAGAAUGUUUAUUUAAUGUGUUGUCCGUUUUUAUGUACUAUUGUGGGGGAGAAGUGAUGCCAGCAAUUUUUUCAUUAGCUGUAUCUUCUGUAAUAUGAAUGUUUGCAAAAGCUUAGGCUAAAAUGAAUUGUUUGUGCAGUGUGGUGGUGGAUGGUGCUUUGUUUUUUGAUGACUACUUCUACAGAAGGCCAGUGGAGGAAGACUUGGAAAUUGAUGCUCUUUCUUCCUAUUGUCCUCGACACGCAGCAGGUCGUGAAUUUGAAAAAUGCCGACAAUUUUCAGAAGUGCUGAUGAAUUCAUACUGGUAUGCAAAAGUUCAUCACCCUUUGAGGUUUGUUGUUGAACCAAGGGUGUCUUUGGACGUAACUGUUAACAAGUACGUACUUAGAACUCGUCGUGAGAAUCGCAUUAAGGGGGACUCACGGUCUCCGGACUUCCUGGGAGCCUUAAAAUGCUCAUGUAGUUGGAGACUAAGUGAGCCUCUGAUUUUUGUCAGAAUUUUUAUAAUACAGGUGUGAAUAUUGGGCAUCCAUUCAAAAUUGUACAAAGGGGCAGACCAUCUCCAUUUACAGUGUUUUAGUCAUUUCAUUUCUAUUUAUUGAACAGGUCAAAUUCAUCCUAUUUGUGAGCACAGAUUUUUUUGAAAACCAUCUUUAUUGGGUUUUUUUCAAUCGGAGUUUGGCAUAUAAAUUGUUUAUGCUUUUAGUGUAAUUAAUAAACUGGUUCUUCAAAAAUCA